AUGGGGACGUUAUGUGCGGUAUGGGUUGACAGCUUCCUGAAGGAGAUCUUCACUAAGGCGCAAAACGAGAGUCACGUUCCUCCAGUACUGGUGGGGAUUCAUGUCCGCCGAACAGAUUACGUCGACUUUAUCAGAAAUUACGAAGGUAGACUGCCCGGGGAGGCUUACUUCCGGCGAGCCAUGCAGUACUUCCGAGACAAGUUUCGGCGUGUGAUCUUCGUAGUGGCCUCCGACGGCACCCAGUACGCCACCGAAAAGUUCGCUCAUUAUCCUGACGUCACUUUCUCUCCAGGCACCACAUGGCAGGUGGACCUGGCUACUCUGGCCUCCUGCAACCACAGCAUCAUCAGCCUGGGCAGCUAUGGCUUCUGGACGGGCUACCUCACCGGUGGGCAGGUCCUCUAUCCCAGUAUCACCUUCGGCAAGACCUGCAUGUUCAGUAGGGAGUGGUACACAUUGUCGCGACUCAAGAGGUUCAUACCCAUAUCAGCAGACUGA